AUGGCCCCCAGGAUGGAGUUGGCGUAUUUUGCCGUCAUGAUGGUUUUCCAGAUUGGCUUCUGCAUACUUGCACUUAUUACACCUAACCCACAUACACAACUAUGCAUUGUCGAGGGCACGGGAUCGCGACUUGCGAUCGAAAAUUAUUUGAUUGCUAUGUGGCUAUUUUGCCGCGUUAUGGACACUUCUGCAUCGCUCCGAAUGGGCGUGCUUGCACUGGCAAUUAUUCUCGUCAUGUCUAUUAUCAAUGCAGUCGUACUCCGCACCAAAUAUCAGCCACGCUGGAUGCAUCCAUUUGAGUUGGUUUUGGUGCAUAUCCCUAACAAAUUGAUCACGGUACUCGUGUCUCAAGUGCUGAUUUGGGACACCCUCAUGUUGGCCUGGGGCUGGGACCGUAGCAAUGGAAGAGAUGCGCUUGCCCAGGGUCUUUGGAUCUCAAUUAUUGUGCAGGUUAUCAUGGGAAUUGUACUCGCUGUCUGGGUGGCACAGACAUCUGAUGUUUCCGUGUAUGCUGCGUCGAUGUUCUUGGAUGCGGCCAUCCUGAAGUUCCAAAAGAUGCCGGUGAUCGGACCCAACUCGCGGCCGUUCGUUCUAACGGCUAUCAUUUGUGUGUCGAUGACGGUGCGUACGGUGUGUCUGGUCAUUCCCGGCUUGUUGAAGCAUGGAUGUCUCAUUAUUUGCCAUACACACCGCCACCAUCUACCUGAUGAAACCCAUCCAGAUACUCUUGUCGAGGAAUCCGCUGAGCGAGAGACGACGGCCCCUGCUGUUGCAUACGUACCAACAACGGCAGCGGAUGCGAACGAGAGCACACGCUUGGUUCAACAGGCCGAUCCCUCCUAUGGAGGCCUAUAA